AUGCUCAGCGAUGCGACGAUCGCCGCGGUGGCAAUGCUCGUAAAGAAGGAGAAUCUCAAUGGAAGAUAUCGAUUAUCAGAGAUACAUAAGAAUGGUUUAGAAAAGAUGAUCCAUCUGCGAGGAGGAGUUUAUGCACUCCAGGGUGUUUUCCGACGAAUAGUGGCAUGGUCAGACUUAUGUAACGCAACCGUCUGGGCAUGUCAACCCUCCUCCUCGCGCCUCUUCCCACGUUCACGUCAAUAUCAUCACCUCACCUCCGCCGAUACGAAGCCCGCCCUCCUCAACCUCCGCCAUCUCUUCUGCGCAAACUCACCACUCGUGCCUAUCUUCAAAACUCUUCGACUCCUGUCUAGAAGUCUAUCCUCAGCAAGAAUUAUGAACACUGACAGAAUAGAAACAAGUAAUGCAAUCUACAACUUGGAAUUACUACUCAGCAAACCUCCCUCUACCUCCUCAGGCCCAUCGGACUCUGUUCUGACCCUCGAAGCCGUACAGCUGAGGACAGCAGCCCACCUGUACCUUUGGCUAGCUAUCCGCGAACUACCACCAUCCUCGGAACUGGUUCAUAUAAUAGCCCAGAGGCUACUGGAGUCUAUAGUGACACAGUUGUCAACGGGGUGGAUGAAGACAAAAGAGAGGAUGCUGUGGCUGUUAUGGAUUCUGUUUGUGGGCGGUAUUGCUGCCAUGGGUAGAUUAGAGAGAUUGUCGUUUGUGAGAGAGAUGGUGGUUGUUUGUACGAAGUUACAAGUUUGGGAUAAGGAUGCUUUGAGGGACUCUCUGCGGCUUGUUUUGUGGCAGGAGGGAUUUGCUAAAGAGAAAUUGGAGUUGUUGUGGUUGGACAUGGUCCACUCUUGGGAUCUGGAUCGGAAGCAACAGGAACAGUUUGCAAGGAGCUCUCUCCCUUCUUUGAUGGUGAAGAGCUUAAUAUGA